AUGUAUCGCCUACUGUGUGGCAAUCGGUCCCGCACCCCACCCCCACUCCCACGCGUUGAGAUGCGCUGUUUGUAUGGUGCCUCCAAAAAAGGUCCACAAAAAGCAAUCCCCUCUGGCGUUCAUAAGCAGAGACGACACACGAUCAGGUUGGGCAGACUACAUCUUUACAACACCUCAGCUCAGAUCAAUUGCUAA